GAUCGAUCUUUAGAAGCAGCCGGCCGGAGUCACUCGAUCAGGCAUACUGCGCACAAACUCCAAUCACCUAGCUAGCUAGCUCGGCGGCGAUGACGCUUGGGCGGGAACGGGAGCUCGUGGCGCAGCUCCACGAGCUGCUACUGCCGUCUCCCUCGACUCCGAAUCGGAGCGACGACGGUGCAUGGCCGGCGAGUAUCGUUGCCGAGCCGGUCGGCAGCGUCGAAGAAUGCUUGUUUAAGGUGGAGUCCGGCGGACUGCUGGACACCAGCCGUGCGCCUACUACGGCCGACGCGGUGUGCGGUGGGAGCAGGACGCGCCGCCGCCGGGGGAGCAAGAGAGCCCGGGACGACAAGGCCAAGGAUGAACAACACGAUGAGCCGGCUGGCGCAAAUGCACAGCCUCGUUGCAGGAAAAGAAGCAGGAAGAAGCAAGGAACCACAUCACUUGUAACAUCAGUGCCCAAUUUCAACGGGUACCAAUGGAGGAGGUACGGCCAGAAGCGAAUUGAAGGUGCCAUGUACCCCAGGUGCUACUACAGGUGCACACGAAGUGCAGAGCAAGGGUGCCCCGCCAAACGAACGGUGCAGCGCAACGACGACGGCGAUGACGACGGCAGUGGUGCCGCCCCAAAGUACACGGUGGUGUACAUGGCGGAGCACACCUGCAAGGCCAACGAUCCCCUCGAGGCGCCGGUCAUCCUCGAGACCACUGCCGCCGUCCCGAGUAAUAACAGUACUUCAUUCAUGAAGGCGGCUCGUCAUGACGCCGACGAUGCUCCUGUAUCUAGCUCUAGUCCUGCCGCUCCCACUACCGGUGCCGGGACAGAAUCUCCGACGACCUCGGAAAUCACAUGGAGCAGUACCAGCGGGCACGUCGAUGACUACAGCGGGUUGUUCGCCGUCCAUGACAGCUGGGUCCUGACACCGGCUCCGUCGUUGCUCCAGGAGACGGAGGACUACUUCACCGGACCAAUCCGGUCACCGGUGCACAUCGCGGCAGGUGGUUGGACGAUGGAUCACUACCUGCAGCUCGUUAAUGAGCCUCCUGUUAGCCAUUUCUCAGCCGGUUUCUCUUUCUAGCUACAUGGUGUGUACAUUGUGAUGAGUUAUCAGUACAGUACGGUGACUCUGAUAAGAUCCAACUGCUACUGAGCUGAGUCACAACGAACUCACAAGAGCCUUCGUAACACAUGGGAUGGUCGCCUCCGGUUAAUUACAACUGGCCGGCAGAUCAUCGCAAUUUCUAUGCUAUUAAUUGUUGGGGGAAAUUAUUAUUGUUGUUAUAUAUGCAUUACAUACGUGACGGGCCAAUACUGAUAUGACAAUUUGGCCGGCCGGGCUGGCUGAAGCCCUGAUCAAAAUCCUCAAAAAAAGUGACUGCAGGUGGGAGCCCGGCAGUGCCCGGUUACUUAAUUGCAGUACUAAAGACGUGUAUAAUGAGAUGAUGUUAGCUGUCUAGAAAAUAAAUUACUUAGGAUUUUAUUUGACGUGAAAAAAGAGAAAUAAGAUAGAGAAAUAUAUCGUCUAUUAAUUAACAGACAGUCUAAAACAUCAGACAAUCAUUCUUAUAGAUAAUAUUUUCUUUAUUAUAUGGAUGUCGUCUGUUACU